AUGCCAGUGCCUCAUCAUUAUAUGUUUUUGGCGGUUUUUGCAUUCCUGGCACUAAUUAAGGUAGCUUCAGGAGCCACAGAGGCGUGCUUACCAGCAGGUCAGAGGAAAAAUGGGAUGAAUGUUAAUUUUUACCAGUAUUCACUAAAGGAUUCCUCUACUUAUUCUAAUGCAGCAUAUAUGGCUUAUCAAUAUGCCUCGAAAACGAAACUAGGUUCUGUUGGGGGCCAAACGGAUAUUUCGAUUGAUUAUAAUAUUCCUUGUGUUAGUUCAUCAGGCACUGUUGCCUGUCCCCAAGAAGAUUCGUAUGGAAAUUGGGGGUGCAAAGGCUAUGGAGCUUGUUCUAAUAGUCAGGGAGUUGCAUACUGGAGUACAGAUCUUUUCGGUUUCUAUACCACUCCUACAAACGUAACUCUAGAAAUGACAGGUUACUUUUAUCCACCACAGACAGGUACUUACACAUUCAAGUUUGCUACGGUUGACGACUCUGCAAUUCUGUCAGUAGGUGGUGCUACCGCGUUCGAAUGUUGUGCUCAACAACAACCACCUAUCACAUCAACUAAUUUUACGAUUAACGGUAUCAAACCAUGGGGUGGAAGUUUGCCACCUAAUAUCGAAGGGACAGUCUAUAUGUACGCUGGCUACUAUUAUCCGAUGAAGGUUGUUUACUCGAACGCUGUUUCUUGGGGUACACUUCCAAUUAGUGUGACACUUCCAGAUGGUACCACUGUAAGUGAUGACUUCGAAGGGUAUGUCUAUUCUUUUGACGAUGACCUAGAUCAAUCUAACUGUACUGUCCCUGAUCCUUCAAAGCAUACUACUAGCAUAAUUACUACCACCACUGAACCAUGGACUGGUACUUUCACUUCUACUUCUACUGAAAUGACCACUGUCACUGGUACUAACGGUGUUCCAACUGACGAAACCGUCAUUGUUAUCAGAACCCCAACCAGUGAAGGUUUGAUUACUACCACCACUGAACCAUGGACUGGUACUUUCACUUCUACUUCUACUGAAAUGACCACUGUCACUGGUACUAACGGUGUUCCAACUGACGAAACCGUCAUUGUUAUCAGAACCCCAACCAGUGAAGGUUUGAUUACUACCACCACUGAACCAUGGACUGGUACUUUCACUUCUACUUCUACUGAAAUGACCACUGUCACUGGUACUAACGGUGUUCCAACUGACGAAACCGUCAUUGUUAUCAGAACCCCAACCAGUGAAGGUUUGAUUACUACCACCACUGAACCAUGGACUGGUACUUUCACUUCUACUUCUACUGAAAUGACCACUGUCACUGGUACUAACGGUGUUCCAACUGACGAAACCGUCAUUGUUAUCAGAACCCCAACCAGUGAAGGUUUGAUUACUACCACCACUGAACCAUGGACUGGUACUUUCACUUCUACUUCUACUGAAAUGACCACUGUCACUGGUACUAAUGGUGUUCCAACUGACGAAACUGUCAUUGUUAUCAGAACCCCAACCAGUGAAGGUCUAAUCAGCACCACCACUGAACCAUGGACUGGUACUUUCACUUCUACUUCUACUGAAAUGACCACUGUCACUGGUACUAAUGGUGUUCCAACUGACGAAACCGUCAUUGUUAUCAGAACUCCAACCAGUGAAGGUCUAAUCAGCACCACCACUGAACCAUGGACUGGUACUUUCACUUCUACUUCUACUGAAAUGACCACUGUCACUGGUACUAAUGGUGUUCCAACUGACGAAACUGUCAUUGUUAUCAGAACUCCAACCAGUGAAGGUUUGAUUACUACCACCACUGAACCAUGGACUGGUACUUUCACCACCACAUCUACUGAAAUGACCACUGUCACCGGUACUAACGGUGUUCCAACUGACGAAACCGUCAUUGUUAUCAGAACCCCAACCAGUGAAGGUUUGAUUACUACCACCACUGAACCAUGGACUGGUACUUUCACCACCACAUCUACUGAAAUGACCACUGUCACCGGUACUAACGGUGUUCCAACUGACGAAACCGUCAUUGUUAUCAGAACCCCAACCAGUGAAGGUUUGAUUACUACCACCACUGAACCAUGGACUGGUACUUUCACUUCUACUUCUACUGAAAUGACCACUGUCACUGGUACUAAUGGUGUUCCAACUGACGAAACUGUCAUUGUUAUCAGAACCCCAACCAGUGAAGGUCUAAUCAGCACCACCACUGAACCAUGGACUGGUACUUUCACUUCUACUUCUACUGAAAUGACCACUGUCACUGGUACUAAUGGUGUUCCAACUGACGAAACCGUCAUUGUUAUCAGAACUCCAACCAGUGAAGGUCUAAUCAGCACCACCACUGAACCAUGGACUGGUACUUUCACUUCUACUUCUACUGAAAUGACCACUGUCACUGGUACUAAUGGUGUUCCAACUGACGAAACCGUCAUUGUUAUCAGAACUCCAACCAGUGAAGGUCUAAUCAGCACCACCACUGAACCAUGGACUGGUACUUUCACCACCACAUCUACUGAAAUGACCACUGUCACUGGUACUAACGGUGUUCCAACUGACGAAACUGUCAUUGUUAUCAGAACCCCAACCAGUGAAGGUUUGAUUACUACCACCACUGAACCAUGGACUGGUACUUUCACUUCUACUUCUACUGAAAUGACCACUGUCACCGGCACUAACGGUGUGCCAACUAAUGAAGUAGUGAUUUUCAUCAGAACUCCAACUAGCAGAGAUCUAAUCAGCACCACCACUGAACCAUGGACUGGUACUUUCACUUCUACUUCUACUGAAAUGACCACUGUCACUGGUACUAAUGGUGUUCCAACUGACGAAACCGUCAUUGUUAUCAGAACCCCAACCAGUGAAGGUUUGAUUACUACCACCACUGAACCAUGGACUGGUACUUUCACCACCACAUCUACUGAAAUGACCACUGUCACCGGUACUAACGGUGUUCCAACUGACGAAACUGUCAUUGUUAUCAGAACCCCAACCAGUGAAGGUUUGAUUACUACCACCACUGAACCAUGGACUGGUACUUUCACUUCUACUUCUACUGAAAUGACCACUGUCACUGGUACUAAUGGUGUUCCAACUGACGAAACCGUCAUUGUUAUCAGAACUCCAACCAGUGAAGGUCUAAUCAGCACCACCACUGAACCAUGGACUGGUACUUUCACCACCACAUCUACUGAAAUGACCACUGUCACUGGUACUAACGGUGUUCCAACUGACGAAACUGUCAUUGUUAUCAGAACCCCAACCAGUGAAGGUUUGAUUACUACCACCACUGAACCAUGGACUGGUACUUUCACUUCUACUUCUACUGAAAUGACCACUGUCACCGGCACUAAUGGUGUUCCAACUGACGAAACCGUCAUUGUUAUCAGAACCCCAACCAGUGAAGGUUUGAUUACUACCACCACUGAACCAUGGACUGGUACUUUCACUUCUACUUCUACUGAAAUGACCACUGUCACUGGUACUAACGGUGUUCCAACUGACGAAACUGUCAUUGUUAUCAGAACCCCAACCAGUGAAGGUUUGAUUACUACCACCACUGAACCAUGGACUGGUACUUUCACUUCUACUUCUACUGAAAUGACCACUGUCACCGGCACUAAUGGUGUUCCAACUGACGAAACUGUCAUUGUUAUCAGAACCCCAACCAGUGAAGGUUUGAUUACUACCACCACUGAACCAUGGACUGGUACUUUCACCACCACAUCUACUGAAAUGACCACUGUCACCGGUACUAACGGUGUUCCAACUGACGAAACUGUCAUUGUUAUCAGAACCCCAACCAGUGAAGGUUUGAUUACUACCACCACUGAACCAUGGACUGGUACUUUCACCACCACAUCUACUGAAAUGACCACUGUCACUGGUACUAACGGUGUUCCAACUGACGAAACUGUCAUUGUUAUCAGAACCCCAACCAGUGAAGGUCUAAUCAGCACCACCACUGAACCAUGGACUGGUACUUUCACUUCUACUUCUACUGAAAUGACCACUGUCACUGGUACUAACGGUGUUCCAACUGACGAAACCGUCAUUGUUAUCAGAACCCCAACCAGUGAAGGUCUAAUCAGCACCACCACUGAACCAUGGACUGGUACUUUCACUUCUACUUCUACUGAAAUGACCACUGUCACCGGCACUAAUGGUGUUCCAACUGACGAAACCGUCAUUGUUAUCAGAACCCCAACCAGUGAAGGUUUGAUUACUACCACCACUGAACCAUGGACUGGUACUUUCACCACCACAUCUACUGAAAUGACCACUGUCACCGGUACUAAUGGUGUUCCAACUGACGAAACCGUCAUUGUUAUCAGAACUCCAACCAGUGAAGGUCUAAUCAGCACCACCACUGAACCAUGGACUGGUACUUUCACCACCACAUCUACUGAAAUGACCACUGUCACUGGCACCAACGGUAAGCCAACCGAUGAAACUAUUAUUGUCAUCAGAACCCCACGCAGUGCCAGCUCAUCCAGUGUUUCAUCUAGCUCUGUCACAUCUUCGCAUCCAAUCAUUACCCCCUUGUAUCCUAGCAACGGAACUUCAGUCAUUCCUUCUUCAGUCAUUUCUUCUUCUGUAACGACUUCCACUUCUAUAUUCUCUGAAUCAUCUGCAUCAUCUGUCAUUCCAACCACUAGCUCCACCUCUGAUUCUUCUGAGAGAGAAACGAGUUCAACUGGUUCUUCUACCAGCUAUUCUAAGGAUCGCGAACCUAGUUCUGUUUCUACUCCCUCUUCUAUCUCUUCUGAAUCACCAAAGUCUUCUACAUAUUCGUCUUCGUCAUUAGCACCUGUCACCACCACAACAACAAGCGAGCAAACUACCUUGGUCACCGUGACAUCCUGCGAAUCCCAGGUAUGCACUGAGUCCAUUUCCUCUGCCAUUGUUUCCACGGCAACCAUUACUGUUAGCGGCGUCACAACAGAAUAUACCACAUGGUGUCCUAUUUCCACCACAAAGACAACAAAGCAAACUGCAGAGACAACAAAACAAACUGCAGAGACAACAAAACAAACUGCAGAGACAACAAAACAAACUGCAGAGACAACAAAACAAACUACAGUAGUUACAGUUUCUUCUUGUGAAUCUGGCAUAUGCUCUAAAACUGCUUCACCAGCCAUUGUGUCCACAACCACAGCCACUAUUAACGGCGCUACCACAGAAUACACGACAUGGUGUCCUAUUUCCACCACAGAAUCUAAGCAACAAACUACGCUAGUUACUGUUACUUCUUGUGAGUCUGGUGUGUGUUCCGAAACUGCCUCCCCUGCUAUUGUUUCUACAGCCACGGCUACCGUGAAUGAUGUCGUUACCGUCUAUCCUACAUGGAGCCCACAGACUACAAAUGAAGGGUCUAUCAGCUCUAAAAGUAUUAGUGCUGCCAGUGAGACUACUACCAUUUCAGAGGCGGCUAAGACAAGAACAGUAGGCACCUCUUCGCUUUCAAGAUCUGGUUAUGCUGAAACACACACGGCUUCCGCAACCAGUGUGAUCGGUCGCAGCAGUAGUGUUUCUGUAUCCGAAUCUGCCAACACCAAAGGUCUAACAACUCCCGGGUUGAGCACUGUGUCCCAACAACCUCGUAGCUCUCCUGCCAGUGGCAUAUUAGGAUCUAGUACUGCCUCUUUAGAAAUUUCAACCUACGCUGGCAUUGCCAAUGGUCUGCUGGUCAACAGUGGUCUAAGUGUCUUCAUUGCUUCGUUGUUGCUGGCAAUUGUUUAA